AAAAACUCCGAAAAAGUAAAACCGCGAACCUUCUCUCCCCAGUUUCUCUUCCUCUGCUCCAGCAAGAACACGAGGGCGCGCGAGCGGGGGGGCGCGGCCGCCGGCUCGAGUUGACCCGCAGCGAGCUCUAUAAAGCGGUUUCUCCAGGGACGGCUUGUCGCUCACGCCGCUGAAUUUUUCCCGCCCCGGCCGCCUCUGCCCGCUCGGUCGGUCGCAGAUUCCCCCGAGAGGUCCGGCGGCGCUUCUUUCCCUGUUAUCGCUUCCCUUGCGCUUUCCGUCCGUUCCGCAAAAGCGGCGGGUCAAGGUUGGAUUUUCUUUGUUCUCGCGGAGGCGUCGUUUCCGUUCUUGGCGGCGGCGGUGGAUGCGAGGGGGGCGCCGCGGGUGGCGUCCGAUCGAUGGACUCGGUGAAGGCGUGGGCGGCGGCCAACUACGCGGAGCCCAUGGCGUCGAUGCAGCAGUCGCUGCAGGUCGCGUACGUGGUCUUCUCCUUCUGCGCCGCCUUCUUCCUCGGCGGCAUCAAAGCCAUGGUGGUCGGCCCCGUAGCCGCGGCGCUGAUGAUUCUGGGCAACGUCGGAGUGAUCCUCGUGCUCUUCCCGGCGCACGUUUGGUGGACAAUCUACUCGCUCAUCAAGACUGACCGUAUCAACGCGGGCCUGAAAUUAGCCGUGCUCAUCGCGCUGCCCGUCCUGUUCGGUCUCUGGCUGGGGCUCGGCAUCUUCGGGAGCGCGCUGGUGGCUCUUGGGUACGGCUUCUUCACGCCAUGGAUCUCCACCUUCGAGGCGUUCAGGCAGGAGAGCGAGACAAAGAAGUUCGUGCAUGGCAUUGUGGACGGGACGUGGGGGACGAUCAAGGGCAGCUGCACGGUGGUUAGGGACUUCGCGGACAUAUGCUUCCACUCCUAUCCAGUUUACCUGGAGGAGCUGCGCGAGAGCUCCCUGAAUCGUGAGCCGCAUUCGAUAAGGUUGCUGGAUGUGCCCUCAUGUAUUGCUGUUGGCCUCCUGGGGUUAAUUGUGGACAUACCGCUUUACACGGUGAUUGCGCUGAUAAAGAGCCCCUAUAUGCUCUUCAAAGGCUGGCAGAGAUUGCUGCACGACCUUAUAAGCCGCGAAGGUCCAUUCCUUGAAACAGUUUGUGUGCCGAUUGCUGGCCUGGCUAUCCUUUUCUGGCCCCUAGUGGUGGUUGGGAGCGUCCUGUUAGCUAUUGUCUCAAGCAUUUUCGUGGGGCUCUACGGAGCAGUCAUUGUCUACCAGGAGAAGUCGUUCCGGAGGGGAGUUUCCUAUGUGGUGGCCAUGGUUGCAGAGUUUGAUGAGUACACCAAUGACUGGCUUUACCUCCGUGAAGGGACAAUUCUUCCAAAGCCGUCCUACAGAAAGAGAAAACCAUCCAAUUCCACAGAAUUCUCAGUCAGAACCAAUGCCUCUGUUAAAGGAGCUGAAUAUCCUACUGGUCCCAGUGAAGCACCAGCAAUGUUGGUUCCAAAUUUGGCUCCGGCAAGAUCAGUAAGAGAGGCUAUACAAGAAGUCAAAAUGGUCCAGAUAUGGGAAAAUAUUAUGAAGUCAUGUGAACAGAGGGGCAGGGAUCUUUUGAAUUUGAAUGUUAUAACAACUGCUGAUCUGAGUGAGUGGUUAAGGGCAAAGGAAAGUGACCAUGAAACUAUAAGCCUGGGUCUACCUUCUUAUUCUUUGCUGUGCUCUGUACUGCAAUCAAUCAAGGCUGGUUCUGGAGGGCUAUUGCUAGGCAAUGGUGUCGAGGUCAACCAACAUAACAGGCCCCAAGAUCGGUUGCUGGAUUGGUUCUUCCAUCCUGUCCUGGUGCUGAAAGAGCAAAUACAAGCGCUGAAUAUAACAGAGGAAGAAGUGAGGUUCUUGGAGAAGUUGACCGUUUUCGUUGGUAAUGUCGCGAGCGCAAAUGGGUGGGAUAAUGGCGCCCAAAUUCCCCAAGAUCCUGUGAGGACAGCGCAAAUUCAGGCCAUCAGUAGAAGGAUGGUUGGAAUUGUGAGGAGUUUGUCAAAGUUCCCAACGUACAGGAGGAGAUACAGGCAGGUCGUGAAGCUGCUGAUGGCCUACUCCAUCGAGAGGGAAAGUUCAUGCAGAUCAUCGGCAUCAAGCCACUCGAUUUCGUUCUUCGAAAUAACACAACUCGAAGUGUGAUUAUUGAAGCAAUCUCGAAGUGUAAUUAAGCCAUUUUAGAAUCAGAUAGCUUCCAGUUUCUUUAUUUGUUCUUUUUCUUCAGUAAAUAGCGCACACCGUUUUGCCAGUGCCUGUGUAUUUCAAGCCUAGGAGGUUUUGUACUAGUCGUUACAGGAGAAAGGCCCGUUGCACAUGCUGAGCCGUUUAUGUGCCAAGGCUUCAGACACAAGUCAGUCAUUGCACUGUACAGUUCUGUAUAUACUGCUUGUCGAUCCAACGCACAUGUGUUGUUCUUUA